GCCCCUGGGAUGCAGCUUCGGGCACCGGCCCCGACGCACAGUCCCUGGCCAGCCUGACACCGCCUGGGGCUUGGCAGGGUGGAAGCCACGGACGUCCCCAUGGCUGUCCCUGCGCUGGCCACGGAGCGGAGGUUCGCCCAGCGCCUCAGGGAAUGCCUGGAAGAGGAGCAGCUCUUGGACGGGCGUUACCAGCUGCAGCAGGGGCCGGGGCGCCGCGUGGCGCUGCCUGUGCUGGAGGAGAAGCUCUCCCAGCUCCGCCUGCCCCCGGAGGUGCCCUGUGAGCGGGUCUGGAUCCAGGGCCCUGUCCCCUCCAGGGCCGCCCGCCGCCGGACGCCUGCCCAGAAGCUGCGGGAUGAGCUGCGGCGGCUGCUGGGCGGCACCUGGUCGGAGGAGCUGGAGCGGGAUGUGCCCCACGCCUGGCAGAGGCACGGGGACCUGGUCCUGCUGAGCGAGGACAGCUUCCAGGCUCCGCCGUGGGAGCGGCUGGGUGAGGGAGAGCAGGGUCUGCCUGCCCCGGUCCUGCCCGCGGGGCUGCUGCCCGCAUUUCCCAGUCUGCCGGGACGGCUGCGUUGCAGGCUCGGCGCUCUGGGAGACGGUCGCCGCAGCUUUGGGGGCCCGGCGGGUGGCCAGGCGAGGACGGGUGAUGCCGGAUGGGAUGCGGACCCCCAGCGUAACCCUGCUGCUGGGCCAGGAUGGCUGGGUGGAGCACGUGGACAACGGGAUCAGGUAGGCAGGAGCCGCAGGAUGCGGCUGGUGUGGGAAGGGACUGCCCUCACCAUCUCGGCGGGGUCUUCCAGGUACACCUUUGACGUGACCAAGUGCAUGUUCUCCCCGGGCAACAUCACAGAGAAGCUGCGUGUGGCCUCACUGCCCUGCUCCGGGGAGGUCCUGGUGGAUCUCUUCGCAGGCAUUGGCUAUUUCACACUGCCAUUCCUGGUUCACGCGGGAGCCGCCUUUGUCCAUGCCUGUGAGUGGAACAGCCAUGCCGUGGAGGCCCUGCACAGGACCCUGGUACUGAACGGGGUGCAAGAUCGCUGCCACAUCCACGCUGGGGACAGCCGGCAGCUGGAGCUGCGGGACGUCGCAGACAGGGUGAACCUGGGGCUGAUUCCCAGCUCGGAGGGAGGCUGGCCGGUGGCCUGCCGCGUCCUGAAGAAGGACACGGGUGGGGUUCUCCACAUCCACCACAAUGUGGAGACUCCCCCCGCGCCGGCCCCGCCGCAGGCCCCGGCCCUGCCGGCUGAGCGGGGCUCUCCAGAGGCAACUGGCUCUGGGGGAGAGGCACAGCACCCAACGGAGGAUGGUGGGAAGGAGAUGCUGGGCGCCAGGCUCAGACCCGAGUGGCAGAGGUGGGCUGAAGCCACGGCCACACGGAUCCAGGGGAUGCUGGCAGAGCUGCAUGGGCGGCCGUGGCGCACCAGCAUCCUGCACAUCGAGGCAGUGAAGUCCUACGCACCACACGUGCAUCACCUCGUGCUGGACCUUGAGUGCCGGCCAGUGCUGCCUGUAUAGUUGGGCAUGGGCACUGCUGGGGCUCCAGCUCCCAUGGAAGGGUGGUAUCAAGCACCAGGGCCAGGGAGAUGCUACCAGCCAUGUCCUGCUGCCAGCCUGGAUGUGCCUUGUGUCCCCUAGUUCCCAGGUGGCAGCACUGCCCAACAGUGCCUCGCCAUGCCCAGGGCAUCCAGGGUUGUGCUCCCAUGGCAGAUCCCUUCAGGAUCCAGACAAGGAUGGAGCGAGCUGGGGCUCAGAGUGCCGGUGUUCUGCCCUGGCUGUGCCAGUUGCUGCCCAGAUCUUGGACACGUGGUAGCACCUUCAGCCCCAUUUUCACACAGGAGAGAUCCACAGGGCUGAGAAGCCUUGGGUUCCUGCUGGGUUCGUUUCAGCAGGUCAGGGACAAGCUUUGUGCUUCUAUUUACCAGCAUGCUUUUUUAAUGUACUGGAAACAAGUCUGUUCAUCUCGUUUUCCUUGUAUCUUUUUUACAGAAAUAAGGAUGUUUCUCACUA